GCCGUUGUCGACACAAACACGUCACAUGUUUUGUUGGUUUGCUGGAACGCUGUAGUGGGAGCUAAUUUCAUACUUCUCGCUCACUGAAAUUAGCUGCCGCAGAAUUUGAAAAGCAGUUUUGGAAGAAUUUGUUUCUUUGUUAGUGGAGUGGCAUUUAUUAACCUGUCAGGGUUACGUUUGUAAAGUUGUGAAGCAGUAAAUACACAUACUAACAGUAGGAAGCGUGUUGGCGCCUUCUAGUCGUCUUUCAUUUACUCCACUAAUAUCAUUCUGAAGCCUUUCCUCUAAAAUGAUGAACUACUCUGACUACGAUUCAGAUGGAUAUUCGUCGAAUGAAGAUGCUGACUACGUUCCAUCAGAUGAUAACCUCAGCGAGGAUGACAUCAAUGAGUGUGAAAAGGAAGACCCUCUACACAGAGAUGAUGAUGUUCCACAUCCUGAUUUUGUCAGCAAGAAGAAGAAGAAAACAGACAUUCGUAUGAGGAAAAGGAAGAAAGGAGUACUGAAAGUAGAAAAGGAAGAGAAGGAUGGAGGCGUAUCAGAGGAGCCAAAGCUGUCACAGGAAGAGGUGGAGAAACCCACUGAGGAAGGGCUGGAGGAUGAUGCAAGACAGAAGAAAAAAUCAGAUGACCUCUGGGCAAGUUUCCUGUCCGACGUCGGAACCCGACCCAAAGAAUGCACAGUGUCCUCACAGUCCAAAGUCCAGAGUACCACACAGAAGGGUGAUUCCUCAGUUUUGAAGGUUGCUCCUUUGAGCACAGCAACAGAAGCUUCAGAACCUCCUAAAGUUACCAUCACUAAAGUGUUUGACUUCGCUGGAGAAGAGGUUAGGGUUAAUAAAGUGGUAUCAGCAGACUCCAAAGAAGCCAAGACUUAUCUUAAGAGCCAGAACACCAAACAGGAGGACAAUGAAGACAAAGAAGAGAGCUUGUCAACCAGCCAAUCGCCUCUUCCUGGCCCCAGUGCAAAACGCCCUGCCAGCAUGAUGAGCAUCCUGAGUCGUAUUGGGGGAAAGAAACAGAAGAUGAGCACGCUAGAAAAGUCUAAGAUGGACUGGGAUGCUUUUAAAUCAGAGGAGGGCAUCACUGAGGAGCUUGCCAUCCACAACAGAGGCAGAGAGGGGUAUGUGGAGCGGAAGAACUUCUUGGAGCGCGUUGACCAUCGGCAGUUUGAGUUAGAAAAAGAAGUGCGGCUGAGCAACAUGAAACAAUGACAUACACUGAUGGCACAUAUGCGCACACACACAAACAAACAGAUCUUUAGACUUCCUAUAUCUUGCUGUCUCUCUCUAAUGAGUUAUUCCCUGGGAAAGUGAGUUCAGACUAGUGCUGUAACUUGAGCCUGUCAGGUUUUUGAAAUAAAUAGCUAAAUAAAGUACUGAUGAGUUGGACAGAGCUGCUGUCGAACACAGUCCUUCCUAAGUUUUUUUGAGUUUUUUUGUUCAGUUCUUUGAUUGCCUUUGAAUAAAAACUGUUCAGUAAUCUAGAAGUGCAGGUCUCGAUGGAGCUUUGUGAGGUUGCAUUUUACAAGGCUAUUCCGUUUUUUCAGGAUCAUUAAUAUAACCUUGUUUACCUACAUUUAGCACAUUCCUCCCAUCAGGUGAUACAGUGUCAUUAAUGUUACACCUAAUUACAAAUUUGAACUGUUUUGAUUUAUCUAUACAGAGCACAGUAAUGUCAGAGCCAUGGCUGGGCUGAGAUACUUUGAUGUAUUCAAAAACUUAAGUCAGAUGAACGAACGAUCAGUGAGUCACUCAGACUAUACUGAUGUACUCAACUAAACAACACCCCCCACUUCCGCACCCUCUCUGAUACUAGAGGAUGUAGAGGGGGGAUGGCAGGCUUGUGCUGGUGCUCUCAUUGGUCGACAGUAGUGGUGGGUAAUUAGGUACAGUAUUGUAUUUAAGUACAAAUAAAUGUUAAAUAAAUAAUGA